GUGAUAUGUCAGUUGUACUCUGUUGCAUUAUUUCUCUCACUCAAACGUAUAUACAAACAUAAAUUAUGUCGACAGAAAUGGAGGUCGUUAGUGUUCUUAAGUACCUUGACAACAAAUCCAUAUUGGUCGUUGGAGCUGCUGGGUUCUUAGCAAAUAGUAAAUCUCUCUAUCUCUCUACUCAUAUAUAUAUGAAUCAUUACUACUUACAAGUUAUGAAGUUAUAGACAAUAUUCAAGAUUUAAGUAUGUGUUAUAUGAAACACUAGUAGAGCUACACUUAAACAAUUACGUUAUUAUAUACUUUGAAAGUAUAUGUGACUACAACAAUAUUCUAGUGUCUUUGUGGAGAAGAUAUUAAGGGUGGCACCAAACGUGAAGAAACUCUAUCUCCUUCUAAGAGCAUCAAAAGGAAAAUCUGCUACCCAGAGGUUUAACGACGAGAUUUUGAAGAAAGAUUUGUUCAAGGUGCUGAAGGAGAAGUAUGGUCCCAAUCUAAAUCAACUUACAUCAGAGAAAAUCACUAUUGUCGACGGAGACAUUUGCCUUGAGGAUUUAGGUCUUCAAGACUUCGACUUGGCUCAUGAGAUGAUCCACCAAGUUGAUGCCAUUGUUAAUUUAGCUGCAACUACUAAGUUUGAUGAAAGAUACGAUGUAGCUCUUGGGAUCAACACAUUGGGUGCUCUCAAUGUCUUGAACUUUGCCAAGAGAUGUGCAAAGGUUAAGAUCCUUGUUCAUGUAUCAACAGCUUACGUGUGCGGAGAAAAAUCUGGCUUGAUAAUGGAAACACCGUACCGUAUGGGUGAGACGUUGAAUGGAACCACCGGUUUAGACAUCAACUACGAGAAAAAAUUGGUUCAGGAGAAACUUGACCAGCUCCGAGUAAUCGGAGCCGCUCCUGAAACCAUCACGGAAACCAUGAAGGAUCUCGGACUCAGACGGGCAAAGAUGUACGGAUGGCCAAACACAUAUGUGUUCACCAAAGCAAUGGGGGAGAUGAUGGUAGGGACAAAAAGAGAAAAUCUGUCACUUGUGUUGCUUCGUCCUUCAAUUAUUACCAGCACAUUCAAAGAACCAUUUCCUGGUUGGACUGAGGGCAUCAGGACUAUUGAUAGUUUAGCUGUUGGAUAUGGCAAAGGCAAACUCACGUGCUUCCUCUGUGAUCUUGAUGCUGUUUCUGAUGUGAUGCCGGCAGAUAUGGUAGUAAAUUCGAUUCUUGUAUCAAUGGCCGCUCAAGCCGGUAAACAAGAAGAGAUUAUUUACCAUGUGGGUUCUUCACUUAGAAAUCCGAUGAAAAAUUCAAAGUUUCCUGAAUUAGCGUAUCGGUAUUUCUCAAUCAAACCGUGGACCAACAAAGAAGGGAAGGUCGUUAAGGUCGGGGCCAUUGAGAUCCUGAGUUCUAUGCGUAGUUUCCAUAGAUACAUGACCAUACGCUACUUGAUUGCAUUGAAGGGACUUGAAUUGGUAAACAUAAUACUUUGCAAGUUGUUUGAGAAGGAAUUUCAGUAUUUCAAUAAGAAAAUAAAUUUUAUAUUCCGGCUUGUUGAUCUCUAUCAGCCUUACCUCUUUUUCUAUGGAAUAUUUGAUGAUUCAAACACAGAAAAAUUGCGAAAAAUGGUAUCGAAGACGGGAGUCGAAAACGAGAUGUUUUAUUUCGAUCCAAAGGUUCUCGAUUGGGACGACUAUUUUUUGAACACACAUGUUAUUGGGCUGCUUAAGUAUGUCUUCUAAUAAUUUUAGUUGUAUAAUCUUUAUCUUAUUUUACUACAACGAGUAUAAAUUAUGUGGACACUAUCGUUCUCCUUAAUCCGUUUUCAUACGGCUAUGUUUCGAAAUUUGGUUAUAGACUUGGGCUGUUUAUCUCUAUAAUGAAACUAUAUAUUGGAUGUAAUUUUCUUCAACGCCUUGUGUUUUUUUAUAUCACUUAAUAUAUAGUAUAUCAAAUCGGAAACACUUAUUC